GUCAGAUGUACAAUUGCCUGCACUGAGAAUUGCAGCUCAAAAAAUGUAAGAGCAGAAACAGGAACCAGUAGUAAUAAUGAUAAUUUAUCAGUAAACUCUACAAGUGGGAACAAAUCCUAUGGAGGUGGAAGAUCGACCAGGGAUGUGUCACUAUCCGACAGGGCAAUAAGUGAUCAGAACAAUGUAGCACAGCCCAGCCCAAUUCUUGGUCUCAUGGCAGAAUAUGUUGGUGUUACUUCUGUCAACUUAACAUGGGCAGUGAACAACACUGCUUCCAACUCCUACAUGUACAGGAUAGAGGCUGUAACUGGUACCUCUGUUAGGAACCUGACAUCCAAUGUCACUGAAGCAGAAAUUACUGAGUUAAUCCCUGGGACAAUGUACAGUUUCACAGUAUUUGCAGUAGCGGCUGAUGGUCAGACAGAAGGAGGGCUCUCCAUACACCUCUAUACAAGUAAGUCGCAGUUUCUUGGAGCCCUGUUUCUGUGGACUGUAUUUUUCUGUGCAGCUCAGGGCUCUACCUACCUAUGUGAGUAUUGUAAUUCAAUACUAUCGUGUGUUGACAUGAUAUUUUAGUCCUGAAGCCUGAUCUGGACUAUAUGCAAAGGAUGAGAUGUUAGUGUGCAGCAGAAACAUAGCCCUGAAGUUUUUGUUUUGAUUUUAGACGGUCAGACGGAAGGAGAAGGAGUGUCCGUAAGCCUGUAUACAAAGCCCAGCCCAGUUCUUGAUCUCAUGGCAGAAUAUGUUGGUGUGACUUCUGUCAACUUAACGUGGGUGGUGAACAACACUGCUUCCAGCUCCUACACGUACAGGAUAGAGGUUGAAACUGGUACCUCUGUUAGGAACCUGACAUCCAGUGUCACUGAAGUCGAAAUUACCGAGUUAAUUCCUGGGACGAUGUAUAAUUUCACAGUAUUUGCAGUAGCAGCUGAUGGUCAGACGGAAGGAGGAGGAGUGUCCGUAAGCCUGUAUACAAAGCCCAGCCCAGUUCUUGAUCUCAUGGCAGAAUAUGUUGGUGUGACUUCUGUCAACUUAACGUGGAUGGUGAACAGCACUGCUUCCAGCUCCUACACGUACAGGAUAGAGGUUGAAACUGGUACCUCUGUUAGGAACCUGACAUCCAGUGUCACUGAAAUCAAAAUUACUGAGUUAAUCCCUGGGACGUUGUCUAAUUUCACAGUAUUUGCAGUAGCAGCUGACGAUCAGAUGGAAGGAGAAGGAGCGUCAAUAAGCCUGUUUACAAAGCCCAGCCCAGUUCUUGAUCUCAAGGCAGAAUAUGUUGGUGCGGAGAAGGUCAGCUUAACGUGGGCAGUGAGUGACGCUGCUUCCAGCUCCUACACGUACAGGAUAGAGGUUGAAACUGGUACCUCUGUUAGGAACCUGACAUCCAAUGUCACUGAAGUCGAAAUUACCGAGUUAAUUCCUGGGACGAUGUAUAAUUUCACAGUAUUUGCAGUAGCAGCUGAUGGUCAGACAGAAGGAAAAGGAGUGUCCAUAAGCCUGUAUACAAAGCCCAGCCCAGUUCUUGAUCUCAAGGCAGAAUAUGUUGGUGCAGAGAAGGUCAGCUUAACAUGGGCAGUGAGUGACGCUGCUUCCAACUCCUACACCUACAGGAUAGAGGUUGAAACUGGUACCUCUGUUAGGAACCUGACAUCCAAUGUCACUGAAGUCGAAAUUACCGAGUUAAUUCCUGGGACGAUGUAUAAUUUCACAGUAUUUGCAGUAGCAGCUGAUGGUCAGACAGAAGGAGGAGGAGUGUCUGUAAGCCUGUAUACAAAGCCCAGCCCAGUUCUCGAUCUCAAGGCAGAAUAUGUUGGUGUGACUUCUGUCAACUUAACGUGGGUGGUGAACAACACUGCUUCCAGCUCCUACACGUACAGGAUAGAGGUUGAAACUGGUACCUCUGUUAGGAACCUGACAUCCAGUGUCACUGAAGUCGAAAUUACCGAGUUAAUUCCUGGGACGUUGUAUAAUUUCACAGUAUUUGCAGUAGUGAAUGACGAUCAGACGGAAGGAGAAGGAGUGUCCAUAAGCCUGUAUACAAGUAAGUCACGGUUGCUUGCAGCCCUGUGCUGGUGCAUGGAUGAUACUUCUAAAUACACUGACAGGAUAGAGAUCCAAAGUCAUGGUUCCUCCUCUGGAAACCAGACAUCCAGUGUCACCAGAGCUGUUAUUACAGACAUAAACCCUGGAACCUUCUGUAAUUUCACCGUAUUUGUAGGAGUAGCUGAUAGUGUUACUAAAUAAAAAGAAGUAUUUAUAAAAUGCAUUCCUGCCUUAGUGAAUUCAUUUCAGUGUGAACCAGUGGCCAAGCAGUCUUCCCUAAUGCUGAAGUGGGAAUGUCCUCCUGGUAACAAUUCUGGCUUCAAAAUUAAAAUAUUUAAUGAUACAUGGGAAAAAGAACAACAGACUUCCUCCUGCAUGAAUGAAGGCUCAGAGGAAACCUUCAGAACAGCAUCUUUAGAUUAUUUCAGCACAUAUACUGUUACUAUUGCAACUCUUUCAAAUAGUUCUGAAAGCCCUCCAGUGCAGAAAAUGUGUAAUACGAGCAUUACUGACCCACCUGCUCCAAGCAAAGCUCCUUUAGUCAAGGCAGUCAGUCACAGCUCGUUGUCUGUUGAAUUCUCUGAUUUUGAGUCAGUGAAUGGACCAUUAAAAGCCUAUGCAGUAAUGAUCACAACAGAAGAACAAGGUUGUGGGUCUUUGAAGUCUAAAUUGAACAACACAUAUGAAGAUUUCAAGAAGAAGACGACAGUCACCUAUGUAACAUAUGUGAUAGAUACAGAGCAGGCAAAAUCACCUUCUUUCCAUUCUCAGAAUGGAAACAUCAUUAAUGUAGGCAAGGGAAACACAAUGUAUGGCUACGAAAAUGGACCGUUGAUGCCACUUCGUUCAUACAGGGCAAGUGUUGCAGGUUUCACUAACAUAACCUUUACUAUGGCCAACAUCAUUGUGGGGGAAGAUAGUUAUGUGUCAUUUUCACCUUGUUCUGAGGCAGUUUUGCUACCCCAGGAUCCAGGUGUUAUUGCUGGAGCCGUUAUUGGGUGCCUUUUAGCUAUAUUGGCUGUAGUUGCUAUAGGAGGUUUCAUAUUCUGGAGAAGGAGAAGGAAAGAUAAAAGAAAUACUGAAGUGUCCUUUUCUCCAAUUAAAGUCAAGAAAUCAAAAAUGAUUAAAGUGGAGAACUUUGAGGCCUACUUUAAGAAGCAGCAAGCUGACUCCAACUGUGGUUUUGCUGAAGAAUACGAGGAACUCAAAUCUGCUGGUGUUCAUCAGCCCAAAUUUGCUGCUGAACUUGCUGAGAACAGGGGAAAAAAUAGAUACAACAACGUCUUACCAUAUGAUAUUUCUCGUGUUAAACUUUCAGAUCAAAGCUGUGCAACUGAUGAUUAUAUUAAUGCAAACUAUAUGCCUGGCUAUAACUCAAAGAAGGCAUUUAUUGCUGCACAGGGUCCUUUACCCAAUACUAUAGAUGACUUCUGGCGCAUGAUUUGGGAAAAGAAUAUCUACUCUGUUGUUAUGUUGACAAAAUGUGUUGAACAAGCCCGGACAAAAUGUGAGCAAUACUGGCCAGAGAAACAAUCCAAGAGCUACGGUGACAUCAUUGUGACAACGGUCUCAGAGAUUGUCCUUCCAGAAUGGACAAUAAGGGACUUCACUGUAGAAAAGUCCAACACACCAGAGAGCCACACAGUCCGCCAGUUUCAUUUCACCUCUUGGCCAGAUCACGGAGUGCCGGAGACAACAGACCUUCUCAUCAACUUCAGACACCUUGUUCAUGAGUACAGCAGUCAAAAUCCAAUCGACUCGCCUACUCUGGUGCACUGCAGUGCUGGUGUCGGGAGGACAGGGACGUUCAUUGCCAUUGACCGCCUGAUUCAGCAGAUUGAAAUGGAGAAUACUGUGGAUGUGUAUGGAGUGGUAUAUGAUCUUCGCAUGCACCGACCUUUAAUGGUGCAAACUGAGGACCAGUACGUCUUCCUAAACCAGUGUGUUAUGGAUAUUAUAAGAUCCCAGAAAGACAAGAAAACCGAUCUUAUCUACCAAAACAUGACAGCAAUGGCAAUCUAUGAAAAUUUCACACCUGGGCCAGGCUUGGGGAAGGCCAAUGGCUACCAUGCAUAGCCUGAAAGGAGCGCAGCGUCCCCCGGAGGUGUUACCUGCGCUUGGGAAAGGGAGAUGUUCUACUCAUGUUUUCUGGGAUUGUGUGCAGUGUCUCGUGUCUGGCUUCUCCAGCUCUGUCUGCAUUCAAAGAUGUGAUCUACAGGAGGAAAAACACAAUGCUGGCAGGAGCCGCAGACUGGUAUUUAAAAUAAAAAAACAACAAAACAAACACCAAGCAAAACU